AUGGCGGGAACACUGUCAACGCAAGAGCUAAGCCAGCUAUCUCCACUCGAGUGGGUGAUGCCGCGGUCAUUCAUUAGCCAAAUCCUCUGCUUUCCAUCAACAAAUCCUCGAAUAUACGAAGUCCUCCGAGAUGGCCUCGCGGGUACUUUGGCAGACGUUCCAUAUCUCGCCUCUAGGAUAGUGGCCAGGACCCAUCCCAAAGGUUCCGUUGCGUUGAGCGCACCAUGUGACUCAUUGGGAGAUUUAUUUCGUGUCAACGAUUUCUCCACGAUGGUCGACUACAACGACCUGAAGGCGGGAGGUUUUCGACCUUUGUUGUUCGAUGGGCUGGAUCUAUUUUCUGCUGACCUCAACGCCGCGAAAACGUCGCCCAGUCCCGUCUUUCGCGCCGUCUUAUCUGUGGUGAAGGGAGGUUGUCUGCUUAGUGUCAGUCUGAAUCACUCAACAGCCGACAUUACCGCUUUUGGCUCGCUGUUGAAGAUAUGGGCGUCACAUUGCAGGACUGGUUCUUCUGAAGACGUUCAGUUUAGUCAACUCUGGUUGGAUCGCACGGCAAUUGUCAACAGCUCUCAUCAUGCGCCAACUGAUGUGCCGCUUCUCCUUCACACAGAAGACAGUAGCCUGUCCAGCCAGCCAUCAAAGCCUGUGGAGAUUGAAACAACUUUUUUCAGAUACUCUGCAGAAUCUUUAAAAGGUUUAAAGGCCGAAGUUAGCAAACACUUGCCUGAUGGGACCUCUUGGGUAUCAACCAGCGACAUAUUAACCGCUCUCCUUUGGGGUUCUGCUAUUUAUUCUGAAUCUUCGGAUGAUGGGGGUGAUACUGCCAACGAUGUUUGCUCUAUGCGUAUUGCCAUUAACUGUCGCGGUCGUUACAACCCACCUUUGCCUAAGAACUACCUUGGGGCCGCUUUUGGAGUGUCGCUGGUGACCGCUAAGAAAGUCGAUCUCAUGGAUAUAGGAAGAUCAAGUGGAGAGACGUAUUCUAUAUCAGCAAUCGCAAACGUUGCAGCUGCCGUUCGCCAAAGCGUCAAUAUUAUUGAUGAAGACAAGAUGAUUACCAUCAUUAAUCAUCUAUAUAGCCAAGAGGAUGUCACUGGCCUCAAACUCUGCGAACGGCCCGCAAGCGUCUCCAUUGUCUCUUGGGCUGAUGAAGGUGUUUAUGAGCUUGACUGGGGUAAUGAACUAGGACACUGCGAAACUGUAAGACUACCAACUUUCAAGACCAAGCGGUAUCCGGUUGUAUUUCCUAGACUUCCCAACGGCGAUCUUGAGGUUCUUGUCAGUUUUGACCAAGAGUUGUUGAAUAGAUGGAAGAAAGUAUACAGUGCAAACCCAUGGAAGGCAUAG